AAAAUCUCAAGAUGAUCAUAGAAAUUUUUGAGUUACUUCAGUCAAAGACAGCAAAAAAUGCUUCAAAUGUUGUCAUUAACUUUGCAUGUCACGAAGAUGAAAACAAAUGGAAUAUUGCAAUUUUACAAUUUUUCAUACAUGUUCUUGAUAAAAACAUGGAAAUAACUGAAGAAGUCUUCAAAAAUGAUAAUCAAUUCGAAAAAAUGUCUUUGGAUGUUUACAAAAGUCUCCCAUAUAAUAUUGAAAGCUUUCCGGUUGAAACAACUAAAACCUUUAUGACAUUGUUCAUGAAAAAGGCGCUUGACAAAAACCUUCUCACAACUCCAGUUAUAGGAAAUUGGACUCGCUUUCUAGAAGCUAUUAUUCAAAAUAAAAACAUUCCAAACUGCAUCUUUAAAGGAAAAGCAAUUCAACUCUUGUCACUUCUUUUAAUUCCACUUUGUAAUCUUUUUAAGAGUUUUGAAGAAAAUGACGAAUUGGAUGAAUUGAAAACGGUAGUUAAGAACAGCAUUGAUCGAUCUUUAACAAUGAUUCUUAAAGGACUUCGAAUCAAAAUUUACUGCGUUUCAAUAGCAAAAGAAAUCAUUGAAGCAUUCGAAUGUUAUCCCGAAAUAGUUGUCUUGGGCACAAAAAAUUAUUUAUUCAUUUACAAAAAGAUGUUGAAACAAGAGAAUCAUUUACUAAUCACACUUACUCUGAAAAGUCUCACAACACUUUGUUCUAUUGAAAGCAUUCGACAACAAUUAGAUGAAUUCUUCUUCAAUCAUUCUGAGGAUGAAGACUUAAGCGAACUCAUGUUCAUCAUCAAUAAUGAGUUGAUAUUCAGAAAAACAAUGAAACAGGAAGUGAUCGCUCUCCUCAAAUCUAUGAAAAAUGUUUUUGGUGAUCGAGAUUUUAUUACUGAGCAGAUUAAGUCGGAACUUUAUCAAGGCGUUUUCAGUCCAUUAAAAAAAGUUGUGACUGAGACGGUUCGAAUUAUAAAUGACUGGGAAGAUAAUUUCUGGUCAACAAUUGUAAAUCUUUUACAGUUCCAUACUGAUAGAUCUAUAAAUUUAUUAAAUUUUAUCAAAAUGUUGUCAUCGAUCGAAGAAUUUGAUUCAAAUCCAGAAUAUCUCAUCAAAAAUAUUCUUCGAAAUAACAAUACAGGAUCGACUCUUCAAUGGAAUGCUUCACUAUUAAUGGCAAUGGUGAAAAGCAGGAAUGAAAACAAAAUUAUUUUACAAAGCAUUGAUCAGAUCGUUGAAAUGAGUUUGAAGCAAGAAGAAACUUUUAUUUUGAUCCUCGAAUGCUUCUCUAAUAUAAAAACUGAGGAAAGAUCUUCCUUUUAUGUCGAGAACUCAACAAAACUGACAUUUAUGAUUCAUUGCAUGAUUACAGCAUUAGAAAAGUUUGAGAAGAUUUCAACACUCUACAAAAUCCGUCACAUUCUUGAAUUGCUAUCAGAAUUAUCUCCUGAAUAUGUAUUGAAAGAAGUUCGCAUCAUAUUCAACACAAAUUAUUUGAAAGGCUUGCAAUUUUUUAAUGAAUGCGAAAAUGAAGAAUGCAUUGAGAAAAUUGGGAAAUUAUUUACGAAAAUGUUCAUUCUUAUGGAGAAAAGCAAUUCCUGGAAUAUCAUGAAAGUUAACAGCAUACGGGACAUUGACAAGCUCGGCUGUUUAUUCCUGUCAAGAUCAAACAGAGCUACACGACACAUUGCAAUCCGAUUUUAUACAAAUGUUUUGAAACACGUUUGGACACGAGUAGUGCUUAAAAAGUCUUUACCCUGGAACAGCUCAACAAUAAGUGAGAAGACCAAAUCGUAUAUUGAGACUAUACCUCAAAUCUGGAGUGGUGGACAGACGGUUGAAGAAAUAAGUCUUCCAUUAUGCUGCACUCUUGAACUGUUAUUGAUGUUUCAACCUUCAAUGCAGGCAUUCUCAGACAGUGAUGUGUUCACGAAGUUAGACAUACAUUUAAAUAAGGAACAAGUAAAGAAAUUGGCAGCAGCCGUCGAAAAUGUUGUGUUUUCAGUCGAACCAGCCAGCAAAAAUUCUCAAACUAUUUUUUACCAGCAAUUAGUUUUACAAACAUGGAUUGGAUUCAUUCAAAACUACAACGAUCUUCCAAGCAAAACAUCAUCUGACAAGAUUAUUCGUUAUUAUAACUUGAAGAGUGUUUUCAUUGUUGAACUGGAAUUAUUGAUGAAACAUCUCGUAACACUUUCUAAAAAUAUCUUUGAACAGACAGUCGCUUCAGCAGUAUUGCAAAUUGCACAAUCAAAAGAUAAAUUUUCAUUUUCAGGCUUUUAUCAAGCUCUAGAUGAAUUCCUGUCGACUUCUUUCAAAAGUGUUCUUAAACGAAUGUCCAUCACCAGCUCAAUUUGUUCUUUCAUCUUAACAAAUCUUGAUGGUCAUGUUGCAAGUCAGAAUAAAGUUGAGGAACAAAAUAGACUUUACGUACUUGAUUUCGUUGCCAUCAUGGUCAAAAACUUAGAUUUGAAUCUCAAAAGAAAGUUGGAAGAUUUCAUUCCUGGAGAUUUCUUGAAUAGAAAUGAUCUGACAAGAAACGAGAUAAAACAUUUCAACGAUUUCUUGAAUUUGCUUCGUACAUAAAAUUUCUUUUCGUUUAUAUGUUGUGAGACAAAUAAAA